UGAGAUAUUUCAAUGUAAAGAACACAAGGUCCAUCAACCUCGUGUUAUCGUCUUAUAUCUUCUAUGAGACGCCCACAUUGAGACAACUAUCACAACCAUGUCUUCUUCUUCUUCCUCUUCCUCCACCUCUACGUCUCUCAGAUGCAACUACACAUGGACUACACGCCCAUCUUUGUCGGCCCAUCGCCGGGACGUUAAAAUUUUCUGGCCAACUGGAGAUUUCCGGCAGUUAUCAAUCAAGGCCACAGAGGCCUCAAACAUAUUGGCAAAAGAAGAGGAUGACAACAAUGGUGUUAAGAUCACCAGAUUUCAAAAUGGUUCGAGAUUGCACGUGCUAUCAUCUCCAUUUCUCUCUAUCAGACCCCGGAGGAUCCAAAUUUUCCAGCGAAGUAAGACGUUCCGGAUGGUAUCAACUGAGGCAACCACCACUUCCAGUGUUUAUGCCAAGGAAGCAAAAGGAGAAGAGAAAGAGGAAGCGGCAGCGAAAAUUAGGAGGCUUCAGAAUGGCUCGGACGUGAGGGGUGUCGCAUUAGAAGGCGAGGAAGGAAAGGAGGUUGACUUGACUCCACAAGCAGUGCGGGCUCUUGCCGAGAGCUUUGGCUUAUGGGUGGCGGAGAAGCAGGACCAUCCUGGCCCCUUGAGGGUUUCCCUUGGGCGAGACCCCCGCAUCUCCGGCGCUGAGUUGAGCUCUGCGGCCUUCGAGGGAUUGUGCGAUGCCGGAUGUGAGGCCUUCGACAUUGGCCUCGCCACCACCCCUGCCUGCUUCAUGAGCACCAUACUUCCUUCAUUUUCCUAUGAUGCAUCCAUCAUGAUGACUGCUUCUCACUUACCUUUCACAAGGAAUGGGCUGAAGUUCUUCACAGCUGAUGGUGGAUUGAAUUCCAAAGACGUGGAGGAGAUAUGUGAUAAGGCUGCUGCCAUUUACUGUAGCAAUGAGAAGCCAAGGGCAAUUAGCACGGUUGGGGUGAGGGUGAGCAGUGUGGAUUUCAUGAGGGUGUAUGCAGAGCACCUUCGCAACAUUAUCAAGGAGAGGGUGAACCAUCCCCUCCACUAUGAUACUCCGCUCUUAGGGUUCAAGAUAGUGGUGAACGCUGGGAAUGGUUCAGGGGGCUUCUUUGCCCGAGAGGUCCUUGAUAAACUAGGAGCAGACACAGGAGGCAGCCUAAACCUCGAUCCAGAUGGCAUGUUCCCUAACCACAUUCCUAAUCCUGAAGACAAGGUAGCCAUGGCCACAACAAAGGCUUCAGUGCUCAGGCACCAUGCCCACCUCGGCAUCGUCUUCGACACAGAUGUGGACCGGAGCGGCGUGGUUGAUGAGAAGGGGAACCCCAUUAACGGCGACCGACUCAUCGCUCUCAUGUCGACCAUUGUGCUUUCUCAACAUCCUGACUCCACUAUAGUGACAGACGCGCGAACCAGCAUUGCCCUGACCCGGUUCAUAACAAGUAGGGGCGGCAACCAUUGCUUGUAUCGUGUCGGCUACCGGAAUGUCAUCGACAAGGGGGUGCAGCUCAACAGAGCGGGCGUGGAGACGCAUCUCAUGAUGGAGACCACUGGCCAUGGUGCACUCAAGGAGAACCGUUUCCUCGACGAUGGUGCCUAUAUGGUGGUGAAGAUCAUAAUAGAAAUGGUCAGAAUGAGGCUGGCAGGCUCCAAUGAAGGGAUUGGAAGUCUUAUUCAAGAAUUGGAGGAACCCACAGAGUCUGUCGAGCUACGCAUGAACAUAUUGACCCAUCCCCAACAGGCUAAAGAGAGGGGAGCCCAAACAAUUGAGGCAUUGAGGAGAUUCAUAGAGGAAGGGCGACUUGAAGGAUGGGAAUUGGAUUCCUGCGGUGAUUGUUGGGUCAGUGAGGGUUGCCUUGUGGACACAAAUGAUGAGCCAACGGCCAUUGAUGCUCAUAUGUAUAGGGCCAAAGUUUGGGAUGAAGAGAAUGGACAAUACGGAUGGGUGCACAUUCGUCAAAGCGUUCACAACCCUAAUAUUGCCAUAAACAUGCAAUCUUCAAUUAAUAGUGGUUGCCAAUCAAUGUGUAGGAUGCUCUUUGAAAGGUUUAUCAGGGCAAACAGUUUAGACGAAGAUCUAGACACAAGUCAAGUCGAAAGUUUUGCAAGAAAAGGAUUUCAUGCAUGAUUCCCAGCUUCCACUAAGAGGCUCGUAAAUUGGUGCAAAAUAGAUAGAGUAUAAUACUAAAGGAGGAUGUGUACACCAUAUACAUGCUCUUUUUUGUGUAAAUAAUUGGCAUGGGCAUUGGCAUCGGCCAUGGUCACAUGUUUCAAAAUGUUUCUCAUUUAAAAGAAUUAAGGCUGGGUAAUCUUGUUUGGGAUUUUUUUGAAACAAAGUUCUAGGAUUUGAACCCAUGACCUUCUUCAAUCAAAUCAAAUGAUACAUCUAUUUAAGUCGAA